UUGUUGACGACAGUGGAAAAAACGUCAGGAAUGUAAAACUAAUUUCGCGUGCGAACGAUGUUACUAGCGUGUUGUGACAUAUUACAAAAAAAUUAAUAUUUUAAGAGAAGUCAGCGCUAUCAUCAGGUGCCAUCCUGAGGUGUUUACAACUAUAUCUUGGCUCUUAUUGCACAUAGUAUAUGUCGAAGUUACCAAACAACUUCCCUUGGAAACUAUUUAAUGUUGAUUGAUGUUCCUUGAGUGCCCGUGAAUGUACUUUCUUCCUGAACUGAGGGUGUUUGCGGACUUGAUUUGCUCAUGUACGUUGGCACGACAUUGGCCGCGAAAAAUCGAUCAAACAUAAAUGAACUGCCGGACGUGCUGCAUUCCAGAGCGACCUGCGUUAUUGAAAUGUUAUUGAUUGAAGUCUGAAGUGACAUUGAUAGCUCUGUCCCGGAUCUUUUACGGCCACGACAUCAUUAUUUCAGAACAAUGCGACUUAAACAUUUAAGCACAAUAAUCCCUGCACAGGAUGGGGAGGCUCGAGUUACUGCUGUUGCUUGGGCUCCUAAUAAUUUGAAACUUGCUGUCUGUACUUCAGACAGAAUUGUGUUAUUAUUUGAUGAAAAUGGAAUAAAACGUGAUAAGUUUCCUACCAAGCCAUCAGAUUCAAAGUUUGGUAAGAAAAGUUAUUCCGUUAAGGGCUUAGCCUUUUCUCCUGACUCUACUAAAGUGGCUGUGGGUCAGACAGACAAUAUUAUUUAUGUCUACAAACUUGGAGAUGAGUGGGGUGAUAAAAAAGUCAUAUGCAACAAAUUUCCUCAACAGUCUGCUGUCACAUGUCUGGUAUGGCUGGCAGAUGGUCCUAUCAUUUGUGGCACUGCAGAUGGAAAAGUACGAGCUUCCCAUAUCAAAAGCAACAAGACCCAAACCCUGUACACAACAAACUCUUAUGUGGUGUCCCUUGCCAUGAAUUCUCAGGGUACAGGAUUUUUGUCAGGUCAUGCUGAUGGCACCAUAGUUCGUUAUUAUGUAACACAAGAAGACAAUAUGGAGCAGCAGGGAAGAGUUACAACACAUCCAGUCCCUCCUUAUAGCUUGUCAUGGCCAAUGGGAUCUGUAAUUGCAGCUGGCUGUGAUAAAAGAGUCACAGUUUACGAUCGUGAGGGACGAAUCAGCCAUCAGUUUGAUUACAGCAAGGAUGACAAUGAGAGAGAGUUCACUGUAGCUUGCACAAGCCCAAGUGGACAGGCAGUUUGUAUCGGCAGUUACGAUAAGCUGCGAUUAUUUUCAUGGAAUCCUCGGAAGCAAUCUUGGGAGGAAGAAGCUGUCAAAGAUAUUCCAAAUCUUUACACUAUUACUGCUAUGGCUUGGAAGAGAGAUGGAUCCAGGGUGGCCUGUGGAGCACUUUGUGGUUCUGUGGAGAUGUUUGAAUCAGUCAUCAAACGGAUGCUGUGGAAAAACAAAUUUGAAAUGACUUAUGUCGGACCAAGUCAGGUGCUUGUAAAGCCAUUGACCUCAGGUUCUAGAGGAGUGGUUCUCAGAUCACAAUUUGGAUAUGAAAUAGAUGAUGUUCGAAUUAUGGGAAGGGACAACUAUUUAGUUGCAAGGACGCCUAAAACACUUUUGUUAGGUGAUCUAGAAAGGAACCUUCUUAGUGAAGUGAUGUGGCCCAACUCUGGUCGGAAUGAGCGGUUUUAUUUUGAUAAUCCAAUGGUAUGUUUGAUUUUUAAUGCUGGGGAAUUAAGCCUUGUAGAAUAUGGCAACAAUCACAUUCUAGGAUCAGUUAGGACUGAGUUCAUGAACCCUCAUCUGAUCAGUGUCAGAUUGAAUGAAAGAAGGCCAGAAAACAGUACUGAAGACUGCAAAAUGCUUGCACAUCUUCUUGAUUUGAAGACUAUUUGUAUUGUUGAUUUGGUGUAUGGUGUUACUCUGUCUCAAGUAACUCAUGAUUCUAAAAUUGAUUGGCUGGAACUAAAUGAAACCGGACAGAGACUACUAUACCGUGACAAAAAGAUGCGCCUAACUCUUCUGGAUAUUAGAUCCGACUCAAAAACUCUUAUCUUAAGUUAUUGCACAUUUGUUCAGUGGGUUCCUGGCAGUGAUGUUGUUGUUGCUCAAAGCCGUUCUAACCUUUGUGUUUGGUACAAUAUUGACCGACCUGAUGGUGUCACACUCAUAAUGGUGAAGGGAGAGGUUACUGAUGUUGUAAGGACAGAUGGAAAAACUGAAGUUUUAGUGCUUGAAGGACAUUCCCAGCUGAGUUAUGAGCUUGAUGAAGGCCUUGUUGAAUUUGGUACUGCUGUACAUGAUAAUGAUUUCGGACGAGCAGUUCUGUAUCUUGAAGGCUUACGAGACCGUGCUGUUGCUGAAGGAAUGUGGCAGAAUUUAGGUGCAAUAGCUCUAUCACAGAAUAAUUUACUUGUUGCGGAGCGUUGUUAUGCAGCUUUGGGUGACAUAUGUCGAACUCAAUUUCUAAGAGAAACUAAGCGAAUUGCAGAUGAUUAUUCAAAAGAGACAGGUCAAGAUUGGAUCACCUGCCCAGAUCUUUGGGCAAGGAUGGCAAUAUUGAAUAAUAAGCUUAAAAGUGCUGAGGCAAUAUACUUAGAGCAAAAUCAAGUUGACAAGGCUAUAAAUAUGUAUCAGAAAAUGCAUAAAUGGAAUCAAGCACUGGCGAUUGCUGAGCUAAAAGGUCAUGAUGGCAAAGAAGAGCUUGCUUCAAAAUACCUCUCUUGGCUAAUUGAAACAAAACAAGACGACAAAGCAGGUGAAGUUAAGGAACAAAAUGGAGACUUGGAAGAGGCUUUGCGACUUUACCUGAAAGCAGGGUUACCUCUUCGUGCUUCAAGACUCUUGCAGAAUAAUCCCCACCUUUUGUCGAAUGAUGAUCUGGUGUCUCGUGUAUCAUCUGCUCUUCACCGAGCAGAAUUGUUUGAACAAGCUGGGCAACUUUAUGAGAAACUAAAUCAACCCCAAAAAGCUCUUGAUUGCUACCGCCGUGGGCAUGCCUUUGCACGCGCUGUUGAACUGUCUCGGCAAAUUUCUCCUUCAGAAGUUGUAAGUCUUGAGGAACAGUGGGGUGAUUUCCUGGUCAACUCACAGCAACUGGACGCGGCAAUCAAUCACUAUAUUGAAGCAGGUAAAAUGAGCAAAGCACUUGAUGCUGCAGUUGGCGCUAAACAGUGGAGAAAGGCAGAACAAAUUAUCCAAGUGAUUAAAGAUAAUAGUAUUGUGGAAAAAUAUUCUGUUCUACUUGGACAGCACUUUGCUUCUGUUCAAGAUUACAGCACUGCUGAAAAAUUGUACUCUCAGGCAGGCAUGUACAAAGAAGCUGUAGAAAUGUACAACAAAGCAGGGCUUUGGGAGAAAGCUCACAUGAUUGCUAAUCUCCACUUGCAAGCCAAAGAAGUAAAUGAAAUGUACACUGAGCAGGCAACAUUGUUACAACAACAAGGAAAGUUCCGUGAAGCUGAAAAGCUUUUUAUUUCCAUUGAGCAACCUGAUGCAGCAAUAUCAAUGUACAAGCAACAAAAACAAUAUGACCAGAUGAUGAGGUUGGUUUCUCUACAUCACCCUGACUUGGUCCAAACCACUCAUUUACACCUGGCUCAGCAGUUGGAGGCAGAAUCAAACUAUCCUUCUGCAGAACAUCAUUAUGUUCAGGCUGGGGAUUGGAAAGCUGCUGUUAAUAUGUAUAGAACAGCUCUCAUGUGGGAAGAGGCAUACAGAGUAGCCAACCAGAAAGGUGGAACAGCUGCUGCAAAACAGGUUGCAUUUCUGUGGUCAAAAAGUCUGGGUAGUGAUUCUGCUGUGAAGCUAUUAAAUAAGAUGAAUAUCCUUGAGGCUUGCAUUGAUUAUGCAUGUGAAACUUACCAGUUUGAUUUUGCCUUUGAACUCUCUCGACUGGGGCUUAAAGCACAUUUGCCCCAAGUACACUGCAAGUAUGCCAUGGCUUUAGAGGAUGAUGGGAAAUUCCAGGAGGCAGAGGAUGAAUUUGUGAAGGCUGGAAAGCCAAAGGAAGCUGUUUUAAUGUAUAUUCACAAUCAGGACUGGGAUAAUGCUGCUCGCGUUGCUGAGUUACAUGAUCCAGGUAGUGUUUCUGAUGUCCUAAUCGGACAGGCCAAUGAUGCAUUUGCUCGAAACAAUCUCCCUCGUUUUGAAUCAUUGUUGUUACGUGCACAUAAACCUGAAUUUAUUGUUAAACAAUACAAGGAAGCAGGCAUGUGGGUAGAUGCUUUGCGAGUGUGUCGAGAAUAUCUACCUGUGCGCCUUCCGCAACUUCAAACAGAAUAUGAGCAACAGCUUGGGAGUUCCACUGGUCCAAAUGACAUCAAUCAUCUAAUGGCUCAGGCUAAAGAGUGGGAAGAAAGUGGUGAAUAUAAGACUGCAGUUGAUUGUCUGAUUAGAGCAAGUUUAAACGCUAAUGAUUCAUCUCUGAUUAUGCGCUCUCUCUCUGAUGCCGCAGAGAUCACCAUGAAAUUUCUUGAGGGUAACCAAGCAAUGGAAGCAAUUCGUGUAUUAGGUCCCAGGCUUGUUGAGAUGAAACAGUCUAGUCUUGCUGCGCAGUUAUAUUUAUCUGCUGAUAUGAGCCGAGAGGCCAUUGAUGUACUUAUCCAGGCUGGAGAUUGGAAUAAAGCAAAGAAAAUUGCCCGAGAAUAUGAUGCAAGUUAUGAAGCGUAUGUUGAGGGGAGGCAAAAAGAUUUGCUUCGUGCGCAGGGCAGAGUUGAUCAGCUGGCUGAUGUUGAUGUCAUCAGUGCUCUUGACCUUCUGGCUGAACAAGAACAAUGGGAUAGAUGUCUAGAGGGGGCCUCACCGCAUGGACCUCAAGUACUCCACAAAUAUGUAGCUCUCUAUGCAUCUCAGCUGAUAAAGGAAGAGCUUUCAUUAAAAGCACUUGCUCUAUAUGUGAAAUAUGAUACCCCAGCUUUCCCUCAAAAUUACAACAUUUAUCGCAGAAUAGCUCUAGAUUUAUUUAGCAUGCCUGGUCUUGAUAAUGUGGAUUCGUUUACAACAUGGAAACAGCUUCGCUCAAUGUUGUUCAGUCUGACAGAGAGUAUGAGGACUAGCACAGAGGGGGGCACUCAAGUUCAUCAGGAGUUUGAGACUCUAUUGAAAAUAAGUCAUUACUAUACUCUUUGGUCAGCAAGCCGAGCAAGCCCUGCAAUGGAACAAAUAGCUUUCAAACUAGCUACUUCUUUACUAAGGCACUCAGACAUUAUUCCAGCAGACAAGGCAUUUUAUGAGGCUGGGAUGGCCGCAAGGGGUGUUGGAAGAGAGGAUGAAGCAUUUGUGUUCCUGAAUCAUUAUUUAGAUGUGUGUGAAGCAAUUGAAGAAGGCAAUGCAGAUUUGCUUGAUCAUUCUGACUUUACAGAAACAGAUUUUCCUCAAGAAAUUCCCCUUCCUGCUGCACCAUAUUUAAGCCCCCAACAGCAUGAAGAGGUCAAGGAAUGGGUUCUUGCUAUAUCAAUGGACCAAAAAGUUGACCAGGUUCUUCCCUUGGAUGACCGAAAUCUGUAUGCAUCAUCUCUCCGUUCCAGCAAUAAGGCAGAACCUGCAGCUUUUGCUUGUGUUGUCACUGGGUACCCUGUAUUAGGUGUUGGUUCUGCUAGGGUAGGGAGGCACCCCCAACCUGUUGAGUUUCAAAGACAAGGCUGUUACGCAAACCAAGAAGACUGGAACAGUCUGGUGAUGGCUGCCAAGUUAACAGGUUCAACCUCAUCUAAUUUUGCUGAUGUUGUUGAUUUUGUCAGUGAGUGGUGUGGAGGGAGCAGUAACAGUACUGGAGCAGUGAGCAUGACAGGAUUUUCUUUCAGAUAGAAAGUUAUGACAUUUGUAUUUUACUCUAGUCAUAUUGUUCCCGAUUUUCACUUAAAAUUGUAAUGUGAACCAUGGCCAAGUGCGUUGUAUUUUUGUCUUUUUUAGUUGGUUAAGAUUCAGUUAGGUAAUCAAUCUGCACCAAUGUUUUGUUUAUUGACAUUAAAAUGUCAAAAGUUUA